ACUACCCCUCAAUAAGCCAUCGAUGUAUCCAGAAAGCAGGAGCCAAGCUCAAAUUCCCUUUCAACUGUCAUAACAGAACACUUCCAUUUCAUCAGAUGAAGCUUUUCUCCUAUCUCAACAAAGCUUUUAAUGGCUUCCCCUCUUCCUCCAAGCUUCUCCUUGUCUUCUCUCUCAGUGGUGGGGGUCUUGUUGCUUACUCAGAAUCACAAUCAACCAGUGCCACAAACAACACAGAACUCGAACGAUUAGCAAAUAAGAAAAAAGUGGUUGUCCUUGGAACAGGAUGGGCUAGUGCGAGCUUCCUCAAGGACUUGGAUAUUUCUUCAUAUGAUGUUCGGGUGGUUUCUCCACGAAACUAUUUUGCUUUCACCCCAUUGUUACCUAGUGUUACAUGCGGAACAGUCGAGGCACGGAGCAUCGUGGAGCCAAUUCGUAACAUCGUUAAAAAGAAAAAUGGAGAAAUUCAAUUUUGGGAAGCAGAAUGCACCAAGAUUGAUGCAGCAAAGAAGAAAGUUUUUUGUCGCUCCAGUAUUGAAGCAAACUUGGUGGGAAAGAAAGAGUUUUCUCUGGACUAUGACUAUUUGGUUAUUGCAACAGGUGCAGAAGUAAAUACCUUCAAUACCCCUGGCGUCGUGGAGUAUUGCCAUUUUCUCAAGGAAGUUGAAGAUGCUCAAAAGAUCCGUGCAAGUGUAAUAGAUUGUUUUGAAAAAGCUAUCCUGCCAGAGUUAACCGAAGAAGAACGGAGAAUAAACCUCCACUUUGUAAUAGUAGGAGGGGGGCCAACUGGAGUAGAAUUUGCAGCAGAGCUACAUGACUUUGUCUAUGAAGAUUUAGUCAAAUUGUAUCCCAUGGUUCGGGAUCUGGUUAGCAUAACAGUCAUCCAAUCUGGUGAUCAUAUUUUGAACACGUAUGACAGUAGAAUCAGCUCAUUUGCUGAAACAAAAUUUGCUAGGGAUGGUAUUGAUGUAUGUACUGGAUGUCGAGUUUUGAGUGUAACAGAUAAAAACGUUAACAUGAAAAUUAAGUCUACUGGUGAAUAUGUUCCUGUACCUCAUGGAAUGGUUGUUUGGUCAACUGGUGUUACGACGCGGCCGGUUGUGAAGGACUUCAUGGAACAAAUUGGCCAGGGAAAAAGACGGGUUUUAGCGACUGAUGAAUGGUUGCGAGUAAAGGGAUAUGAAGAUGUUUAUGCUAUCGGUGAUUGUGCCACCAUUGAUCAGCGUAAAGUCAUGGAAGAUAUUGCUGCUAUAUUCAAGGCAGCUGACAAGAAUAACUCUGGCACCCUGAAUGUGGAAGAAUUUCAAGAUAUGAUUGAUGACAUACUCAUUCGUUAUCCCCAAGUUGAUCUCCAUUUGCAGAGCGAGCAUCUUUCCAGUGUGACCGACCUUUUAAAAGAUCCGGAGGGAAAUGCUAGGAAGGAAAUUGACAUUGAAGGAUUCAAAUUAGCUCUUUCUCACGUAGAUUCCCAGUUGAAAAGUCUCCCUGCAACAGCUCAGGUUGCUGCCCAACAAGGUGCAUAUCUGUCAAGGUGCUUUAACAGGAGGGAGUUAUGCAAGACUCAACCAGAAGGUCCUCGCCGGUUCCAGGGUCAAGGGCGUCAUGAAUUCAUGCCCUUUAGGUAUAAGCAUUUUGGGCAGUUUGCACCUUUAGGUGGAGAGCAGGCAGCAGCUGAACUGCCCGGAGAUUGGGUUUCUGUGGGUCGUAGCACGCAAUGGCUCUGGUAUUCUGUUUAUGCUAGCAAACAAGUAAGCUGGCGAACAAGGGUGCUAGUUGUAUUUGACUGGACGAGGAGAUUCAUUUUCGGUCGAGAUUCGAGUGGAAUUUGAAUCAUGUUGGCUUGGUUUUAGUUUCAUCAGUGUUGUUUGAUGCAAAAUGAAUCCCCAAAUAUACAUGUGACAACCUUCCUGCAAAGCCAAAAUGUUUCGAGGCAUCUUUGAUGUUUUGUUGCGAAAAUUAUCUAAUCAGGAUCCAGCUUAAAAUACGAUGUUUACUUAUGUUUCGUUUGGUAAUAUUUAAUUUUCAAAUGUUAUGUUUGCAUCUAUAUUAAUUUAACGGUAUUGUGAUUUU